CACAAAUCAUUCAUCUCUCUAAACAAAAAUAAUAGAACAAAAACAAGAGAGAAAACAAAAAAGAAAAAUAGACAAGGAACACAAUGAAGGAAGCAUCGGUGAUAGUCGUCGGAGCUGGAACUUCUGGCUUAGCCACAGCUGCGUGCUUAACCAAGCAAUCCAUACCUUAUAUCAUCCUUGAGAGAGAAGACUGUUUUGCUUCUCUGUGGCAGAAAUACACCUAUGAUCGUCUUCAUCUUCAUCUAAGAAAGCAAGUUUGUGAGCUACCCCACUUUCCAUUUCCUGCAUCUUAUCCUCACUAUGUACCUAGGAAGCAAUUCAUAGAGUACUUAGACAACUACGUGAAUCACUUCAAGAUCAACCCUUUGUACCAGAGAGCCGUGGAGCUAGCUCAAUAUGAUGAUGAGAAAUGGAGGGUCAUGGCUAAGAAUAGGACCUCUGGUCAUGUUGAGGAAUAUGCUGGAAGGUUCUUGGUGGUAGCUUGUGGCGAAACUGCUGAACCUCGUGUUCCUGAGGUUGAAGGGUUAGGGAGUUUCAAAGGGAAAGUGCUUCAUUCUACAGGGUAUAAAAAUGGGAAGGAGUUUAAAGAUGAGCAUGUUCUGGUUGUUGGAUCUGGCAAUUCUGGCAUGGAGAUUGCAUUAGACUUGGCCAAUUUUGGUGCCAAACCUUCCAUUAUUGUUCGAAGCCCGGUUCAUUUUCUUUCAAGGGACAUGAUGCAUUAUGCCACGCUUUUGUUCAAAUAUCUGUCCCCAAGCACGGUUGAGAAACUGUUGGUGAUUGUUAGCAGGAUUGUGUAUGGAGAUCUUAGCAAGUAUGGGAUACCUUUUCCCAGUGAGGGCCCUUUCACCAUGAAGAUGAAGUACGGCAAGUUCCCAAUAAUUGACUUGGGAACUGUGAAGAAAAUCAAAUCUGGAGAGAUACAGGUGUUGCCAACGGAAAUAGAGAGCAUGAGAGGUAACCAAGUCUUGUUCCGGGAUGGCAGGUCGCACCCAUUUGACUCAAUUGUUUUUUGCACAGGCUUCAAGAGAUCAACUCAAAAGUGGCUUAAGGGGGGUGAUGAUCUUCUGAAUGAGGAUGGUUUUCCAAAGCCAAGUUUCCCAAACCAUUGGAAGGGUAAGAAUGGUUUGUACUGCGUUGGACUAUCGAGGAGGGGAUUUUAUGGAGCUAAACUCGAUGCCCAGAACGUAGCAAAUGAUAUUGCUUCAUUAAUUCCUCAACAAGAAAGAAAAGAAAUUUGUGUCAUGUGAAACAAACAGUUUUAUCUGUUAUGUUUGGCUUAAGUAUGAACUCUGUUGCAGAUUUAGUUUGAAACAGUGAAUGUGUGGUAUUAGUAAUGCACACAAACUAAACACAUGGGAAAAGGAAACAAAAAAAGUAACACACAGCAAGCAAGUACAUAGUUAUGCAGAUAAGAAAUGGAUUUUAUAUCUGUAAUAUGUAACAUAAUUUUCCUAUACAUACAAUUUUACGUGGGUCUAGUCUCUUGA